AGUUGUGAUGUCAAUGUUCUAUGAUGGAACAGUCCAUACCAGUUUCUGAGGUUAGCUCAGAGACAGCAACUGGUCCAUUCCCACCAAAUAAUUCAACAUUCCAAAAUAUUGAACAGCAAUACCAGGAACAAUGGCAUAUACUGGAAAAUUUACAAUCUGAGUUGGGAUCAGAAGGACAAUCUGAAAGCAGGCAAGACUCAGUGGCAUCUUUUAACAACAGCACAACUUCAAAUGCUAAUAAAGAAGAUGCUGAAUCAACUGUUAAUCAACAAGAAAAGGAAGGCACUGAAGAAUGGUUUAUUCUUGGUGAGGACCCAGUUGGAACUGACCAGGAGAACACCUCUGACAAUAAAAAUGUUGGAGGAAAGGAAAACAUAUCUGGUACUGAACAGGAACAAGAGGGAGAGACUGCAAAACAGUUAUCCCCUUAUGCAGAGCAGUGGUUUGAGUUAGAGCAACUAAAGCAGAAUGUAAGAUCUUUGAGUCAAGUAGCAGGUUUGCCACAGUCACCCCAGCUCAAUGAAACUGUAGCCAGUGGGUUAAGCAGUGGUUCACUGAGUGUUGAAACCCUUGAAGAAGUUGGACUUGAAGAUAUAGAUGCUGUACCACAGGAAGGAAGAGCUGGGGAGGAGGCAGCUCAAGAAGCAGGAGGCGAAGAGGAUGUGGAGGAUGAUUCGCGCGAUAGUGGUACCUCCUUCAGUGUUAAUGGGUCUGGUGUUGAAGACAAUGGAUUAAGAAGCCAGUGGUUCCCACUGAGGCCAAGUGCUGUUGGGGAGGAUGAUGAGGAAACUAAUCAGGUGGCCUACACUACAAGUGCAGCUUUUCAGCCAUCAAGUGGUGAACCACCUCAGAAUGUUCCACCAGCUUGGUCCGAUGAUGAUGCAAAGCAGUCACCUCCUGAGAGAUCACAACCAGAUGGAAGAGAUGGGCCAGAUCUCAAGAGACCUCCUUGGGUCAGGAGCACAUUUACAAGUACGCAGCAGACAGUCACCCCUCCUGUCCAGAAAAAACCUGUGCCCAGUGGCUCAGCUGAGGCGACAGACAGUGGUAGUGAUACAUCUGUCCUCUCACAACCACGGAAUGACAACGCCACACCACUGGAAAUUAUCACCAGGAGUGUUCCUCCUGCUCCAAGAGGUGCAGCCUUCGUUAGUGAGUUGAGGCGAAGACACGCCCCUCAGCUGAACAGUGACAGUGAUACUGAGAGCCCAGUGUCGAAGCUACUCGGCCCAAACUUCCGUGCAGUUCAGCAAGUGUUGAACAGACUCAAGCAAGACAGGCUCACUGGAGGUGUCAGCGAUGAAGCAGAACACUCAGUGUCUGAACAGCAGUCUUUGAGAGAGGAGAGCCAGCAUUCAUUGGGGAGUACUGUUUCAACAACUCAUGGGACAGAGGGAAAUUUUGGACUUGAAACAGAAAUUAAAAUGACGAAACCCACAGCUGAUGCAGUAACCAGUCUUGAGUUAAAUUCUUCAAGACUAUCUGAAGGGGCAAUCUUACCACACGCUGAGAAACGACACCGUGAUAGACAAUCAGAGGAUGAAGCUCGCCGAAGUGCUAUCGACACCUUCAGGAAGUCAUGGGAUACUGGACUUACAUCGAGCUGGACAAAUGCCAAGCCAUCCCAUCGUGAUGCAAGUGGAAUGAGUCCUGCUGAGGCGUUCCUAAACUCAAUCGUACCUCCUGCCAUGAAUGCCACAGAAGGACACAGUUCAGCCGACAGUAGUACUAAAAACGCAAGGAUUUUAGAUAAAGAUGUUCGUUCUUUCUUAGGAAAUGGAAACGUGAUGUCUCAUCAUGACACUGAUCAUAUUAUUUCUCAACCUCAGUUAUCAAGUAGAUAUUCCACUGAGCUUCGUCCCCGUAGCUCAGUAGAGGACAGUCUUAGGAGCUCACGGAUAGCAUGGGGAGAUCAUUCAGUUCCGGUUACAGAUACAAAGGAACUUCCUCAUCGUAGAGACAUAUCUGAUAAUGCAGUGCUUCCAUCAAGAGCACUUGCAUCCAGAGAACGUUUACACGAGAUAAGUUCUCAUAGUUCCACUGGAGGAAGCGUUCACACUCUCAGAGCUGCUUGGCGAGAACCAACAUUACCCAUGGGUCCUAACAGCAGAGAGCCGUCACUUGGUGAUGUUUCUGAAGAGAUGUCCGGUGUUAUUCCGGCAGACAAUUUAGAAUUCCCAGGUCAGAUAAGCUCUGUUCCUCCAGAUGGAACAAACGCCUCUGGGGUCACUGUUUCCGGUGAAACGGAGAGAGCUAAAGAUUUGAACAGAACGGAAGAAAACCACGUUAGGAGACGAACAAGUGAUGUAAGCGUAUCAUCAGAUGAUACAGACGAUCUAUUGACAUAUGAGCCAGUACUGGAAGGUGAUCGUCAAUACUUGCAAAUGCAAAAGCGAACUAAACAUGCUCAACAGCGAGUUGUUGCAAUGGACCAAAGGCAAAGUUGGUUACCUGCGAGACCGUCUGAAUUUGCCAAACGGAAACCUGGCCAGGAACUACCCCCUCCUUCAAUGGAAGCACCGGAGGGCAUCCAAAGUACCCCUGCUGAUCAGGAUGACAGUCAGAUUAAGGCUUUGCACUGGUCCUUAGGCGCUGGUACUAUUUCUCCCAUAUCAUACGAUAGCGUAGCUCAGAGCGAUUCUCAGCACGAAGGAUCGUCAACGCCGUUGGGUCCAGCUCUAGAGCGUUCAAGUGUCCUUGGGGUUGGUGCCCUUCAAGAGCAGAGUCUCCAAGAAGAGGACACCACAGCUUACAGCGAGGAUCGAGAUGCAGCUUUGAUGAAACAACAUCGAAGUCAUUCCAUCACGGAAGUCUCCUCUUCCGAUGAGAUGUACAGACCAGUUUUAUACAGGGAUGCUGCAGCAAAUAAGGAAAACCACCCAGACGAGAGUGCAGUCGAGGCCUCACCCUAUGGCAUUUACGACAUACGAAAGUCCUCAGGCCCUGGUAGUACAAACAGACGUAGGAAGGCCUUGGGUCUUCAACCCAACCCUGCAAGGGAUAGCGUCAGUCAGGAGGGGACUGGCAUGGUUUAUAUAUCAGGAAGCUCUACGCCAAGUAGUGUGCGUGGUGGGAGAGAUAGGUUCUUGAGGAGAGAAGAAACUCUCCCUGGAAGACAUUCUUCUCAUGACGAACGACGCCCAGACAAACUACACGAAGACGAGAGGUUCCACAGGAAUGAGGAACUUAAGAAGCCGCCAAAAACAAAAGACUCUAAAAUGGAAAAAGAGGGUCGAAAGAGCAAAAAAGAUCGAGAGAUGAUUGGGAAACGAGAUUAUCAAGAUACACGCAUAGAGGAAGGCCUGGUUCGCGAGAAGAGUAAACCCGGUCAUCCACGUCGAAAUCGGUUGAGCAACACUUCAAGCAAAGAAUCCACUAUCAGUGGUGAUUCACCAGAGGAUGAAAGAGAACCAUCGCGUCAUUCUUAUGCCAGAUCACGACAGCCACCUUCACAGUAUAUGGACACACUUGAUCCAAAUGUUGCCAGUCAUUCUUUAGGUCACGGUAAGAGAUCUGCCAGAGCUGGAAAAUCAAAGACGAGAUAUACUGAAGAUGAUCGUGCAAUUUUAUCUCAGCGGUCAAGGCUAGAGACAUCUGAAAAUAGAAAAGACGAUUCAAGGAUACCAGAUGCCAAGGGUGGCCAUUCUUCGCGUGAUAAAAGCUUUUCUCGUGAUCCAAAAACCUCCAGAAUGGAUGCUAACAUUUCAAGGCUGACUUCGUUGAUAACAAAGUCAUUAGAGGAGAGCAUUUCCUCCUCCUCUCUUGCGUCAACCACAACGUCUUCAAGAAGACCAAGUUCAAAAAGUAAAAAGGCAAAGCUGGCUUCCUCAACUAGUGAAUCGUCUGACGUUUCUGAAUAUUUCAACUACGCUUUCUUCGAGCCUCGUCUCCGGACGUCCAUUGGACAGAAAAUAAAAUUAAGAGAGCUGCUGAGGUCUGUGAAGUCACAUGACCUUUCCCCUAUAGUCCGUAGAACUCGAGAUAGCACUUCUCCUGAGUCUACCUCAGGAUUGUCCAGCAACGACGGGGUAAGUGCCGAAAAGGAGCCUGAGCCUGUAGUGAGGGAGCCUUUACGAUCAGAUGCUGCACAAAAGCCUGCUGCGAUGUACUCCCCACAGCAGCCAACGAAUGGUCCAAGAUGUACUUGCGCUCGCGCGCCAAAGGCUGUUACACGAGCAACAUCAUCAGGGGCGUUCCGAAGCCGUAGAGAAGGUGAUGGAAGAAGAAUUGAAAAGCGCGAUGUUGGUGUGAACUGUCCCACACCAGUUAUGACAAGGGACCCAUCGCCCGUUGAAGAUGAGGUGUCGCGCAUUCUGUUGGAAGAUGCUAGUACUCAGACGGACGAAGUUGGUGGUGGACGAAGAGUGGAAAGAAAAGUUGAUUGUGAACCUGAAAAAUCACCGCGUAAGUCAGUGAAGAGUAAAAGAUACGAACAGCUUUCAAAUGUUGAAGAACGUGGUGUUAUCUCUCAACCUUCGCCUAAAAAGUUAGAUCUCUAUUACCAGAUGGAGCAGCGAGAAACUCGACAUAAACCUAAAGAACGUUUAGUACCGAGUCAAAAUUCACCGGAUCAUCGUGUUAGAACAAGCCCUGACUGGAGAAACAGGGCACAGGAGCCUGCGUGGUUUUAUCCUCUGAAGGGCAAACCGCAACCCGAACAAAAAGCCACCUCACAGAUAAGCAGUAGCCUGAAUAAAAGUCGCACAAGAGACGAACUACGAGCAGACAUGUUUGAGGCUUCAGUUAAUCCUUCCAGCACACUACAGCAGCUGAGUCUUCAAGAAGCAUUCCUCUAUGCCAGGCCUAAAUUUGUAAGGCGUUCGCAGGACAGAGUUGCUCAAAUUGAGCAAGCUGCACGAGAGAAAGAAAGACGUAGGAUGUUUACUCAGACUGUGGAUGAAGAAAAGAAAAGAGAAGAGGCUGAGUUACGAAGAGCAAGAAGUCCGCCUGUUCCUCAGAAAGCUAAGCCUCGUGUCUCGAGAAAUGACCAAUUUUCUGGACCAAAACCACGGCAGAUGACCCGGGCUGAGAUGAAAGAAUUAAAUAAGAGACUUUACAAGAAUUUACCAGAGGUGAAAGCAAAGAAUGAACAGCAGAAGCGCUUAGCUUUUUAUCGAACAAAUAGAUUACGUGCCCAACUUUAUGACAAAAGAGUUCGCAACCGUCUCAAAGGAGCUGGCAAGUGACUUUCAACCUCCCAAAGAUUAUAUUUUAUUUCACAGUGUCAACAUGGUUAAUUAACAUCCAAAUGGUUCCAAUGAAGCUUUCGUGAGGGACAAUAAAUGAGUUUGAUGCCCUUUUAAAUUGAUUCUCCGGUAUCAAUCAAAUCUUAAAGUUUAGCUUCGGUGUUUAUUCUGUCACAUAUUGUGACAAUAAAUUUUUAUUUAUGACUUUUACAAGAAAAAACACAGGGACACAACCCCAAUAUUUAAGGUGCUGUUUCUAUCAGUGAGUUUUACUUUUCAGUGGAGUUCUUGAUUUAAGGUUAAAACUAAUGGAAUGAAGAACAUAUUAAAGUAAUAAAGAUCUAUGGUACAGUUAAUUGUGUUAUUGAUGCUAUUUCUCAAAAGCAAAUCACUAUUCCCAAAAGAUUUGGCUGGUGAAAGAAAG